CAAUAGCCUGCUCCGGGUAGAUGUCUGUUACCAUGAGGACAACCAUUUUGGGGAGAGCUCUGCUAUUGGUGCUCCAUGUCACACUGGGCUCCUGCCAAUCAGAGGAUAAUUUUCUUAUGUAUGAUGAGAAUAUGAACAAAUGCCUCAGAGGCAGUCAGCCCCUGAUGUUAUACCACUGUGACUCCAACCAUCCAAGUCAGCAGUUCCGCUGGACAUCAGAAGACCGCAUCUUCAAUGUUCACUUGAAAAAGUGUCUGGGAGCUGGGAGCAGAGCUGAUGGCUCAGGUCUACAGUGGUUCACCUGUGAUGACAAGAGUGACCUGCAGAAGUGGGAAUGUAAGAACAACACAAAGCUAAAUCUGAAGGGGACAGAUCUUUUCGUAUCUCAGGAGGAGAACACUGUUCUCAGACUCACCCAAGACAAUAGCACUGCCAGCCACUGGCUAAUACAUGGCACCGAGGAGGGUCUUUGCUCGCGCCCAUACCGAGAAAUCUACACAGUACAAGGCAAUGCCUUUGGUAGUCCUUGCCAUUUCCUUCCUUACAAGGCCAGUGGUACUCAGAUUGUAAGCUGGAAAAGCCCACACAGCGAUAUUGGUGUUCAGUAG